AUGAGCGUCGAAGAAGAUGUAAUGAAAAUACAAAAAAAAUUGACUAAGAUGACAUCCGACGAUGGCACGGGGCAAGAGGAAGCCUUAGAGCUGUUAAAGGCGCUGCAGACAAUGGCAGUCAAUUUGGAGCUAUUGACGACAACAAGAAUAGGUAUGACAGUGAAUGCCCUCCGCAAAUCCAGCAAGGAUGAGGAAGUAAUAUCUUUGUGCAAAACAUUGAUUAAAAAUUGGAAGAAGUUUCUGUCAACCCCGGGUAAGGAUAAUGGCAGCUCAUCUAAAUCUAAAAAAGAAGGUAAAGACAAGGAUAAGAAGGAAGAAAAAGAAAAAGACAAGAAACUACCUGCAUCAUUUCCCCCACAGACAAAUACUACUGAUGCUGUGAGGUUGAAAUGUCGAGAACUUCUGAUGCAAGCUCUUAAAGUGGAUGGUGAUAAUUCUAGUGCAUGUGCUAGCCCUGAAGAGCUAGCUGAAGAACUCGAAGAAUGUAUCUAUGCUGAGUUUAAGAACACUGAUAUGCGUUACAAAAAUAGAGUACGAUCAAGGGUGGCCAAUCUCAAGGAUCCUAAAAACCCAACACUACGCACUAACUAUCUCAACGGGGUAGUUUCAGCUGCUCGCCUCGCUAAAAUGACUCCAGAGGAGAUGGCUAGUGAUGAAAUGAAGAAACUGAGAGAAAAGUUCAUUAAAGAGGCUAUAGAUGAUGCUCAACUGGCUACAGUACAGGGAACUAAAACUGAGAUGCUCAAAUGUGGCAAAUGCAAAAAGAAGAACUGCACAUACAACCAAUUGCAGACCAGGAGUUCGGAUGAACCAAUGACCACUUUUGUGCUCUGUAAUGAAUGUGGAAAUCGCUGGAAAUUCUGUUAA